ACCUUUCACCCUUCUAUUGAAGAAAUCCCAUCAUCCUCAGCGGAUGUCUGCUUCAUCCUACUUCUUACAAAACGCUGACUUUUCAUCUCAGGCCUAAAGAAUUUCCUGUUUUGAAGAGCUCCAAGCGCCGUUGUGCAAAAUCAUCAGUAUCUCAGGACAAUGACUCAGUAGUGGCUUGAAGCUGACCAGCUUGGGUCACGGUGUGUCCACAGUGUGUCCACGGUGUGAUCUGCUCUCCUCCACAAGGGCAGCGCAGUCUCACUGUGGAGCGGCUUCCUGCUUUCCGCACCACGCAGUGUGCCUUUAAAAGGCUGAACUCGCCGGUCUACGGUCUCUGAGCACUGGAUUGUUUUCCCACUCGGCUCAGCUGUGUGUGUACCUUCCAGCAGUGACAUGGCAUAGAGGCGGUGUGUGAGGAACAGCAGCAGCAGCAUCCUGCACCAUGGAGCCUCUCCGACGCGCCGCGCUGGAGACCAUGAUGCCCGUUUGGAUUUUACUGAACACGGUGUCAGGGAUGAAGGCGGUGGACGACGCAAUGGAAGAACUUGCCACCGAGAAGGAGGCUGAGGAAAGUCACCGACAGGACAGCGUUAAUUUGCUGACAUUCAUUCUGCUGCUGACCUUAACCAUUCUUACUAUAUGGCUCUUCAAGCACAGACGCGUCCGCUUUCUGCACGAAACUGGACUGGCAAUGAUAUAUGGUUUGCUGGUAGGUGUGAUUCUGCGUUACGGCAUCCCUGCUACCAGUUACCAUAACCAGACGCCACCAAGCUGCUCGCUAAAAGAAGGGCCUACCACCACCUUGCUGCUUAAUGUCAGUGGAAAGUUCUUUGAGUACACUCUUAAAGGGGAGAUCAACUUAAAGGAGAUUCACAAUGUGGAGCAGAAUGACAUGCUGCGCAAGGUGACAUUUGACCCAGAAGUAUUCUUCAACAUAUUGCUGCCUCCGAUUAUUUUUCAUGCUGGCUACAGUCUAAAGAAGAGACACUUCUUCAGGAAUCUGGGCUCCAUCAUAACAUAUGCUUUUCUUGGCACUGCCAUCUCUUGUUUUGUUAUCGGGAACCUGAUGUACGGUGUGGUCAAACUGAUGCAAGUAGUUGGGCAGCUGACGGACAAGUUCUACUACACUGACUGCCUUUUCUUUGGUGCUAUUAUUUCUGCCACGGACCCAGUAACUGUGCUGGCCAUCUUUAAUGAGCUCCAUGCAGAUGGGGAUCUGUAUGCUCUGCUGUUUGGAGAGAGCGUUAUGAACGAUGCAGUCGCCAUCGUGCUUUCCUCGUCUAUUGUGGCCUACCAGCCCAGUGGAGCAAACACUCACAUGUUUGACGCCUCUGCCUUUUUUAAGUCAGUGGGUGUUUUCCUCGGUAUCUUCAGUGGUUCUUUUGUGAUGGGUGCAGCUACAGGAGUUGUCACCGCCCUCGUGACCAAGUUCACUAAGCUGCACUGUUUCCCUCUGCUGGAGACGGCCCUCUUCUUCCUCAUGUCCUGGAGCACCUUCCUCCUCGCAGAGGCCUGUGGGUUUACAGGUGUUGUGGCCGUGCUGUUCUGCGGCAUCACACAGGCUCACUACACUUACAACAACCUCUCUGAAGAGUCCACCAAACGCACCAAACAGCUCUUUGAGGUCCUCCAUUUCCUGGCUGAGAAUUUCAUCUUCUCCUACAUGGGUUUGGCUCUGUUCACCUUCCAGAAUCACAUUUUCAGUCCAAUCUUUAUCAUAGGAGCUUUUCUCUCCAUAUUCAUCGGAAGAGCCUUCAACAUUUAUCCGCUCUCCUUUCUUCUCAACCUCGGCCGAAGGCACAAAAUCAAGGGGAACUUUCAACACAUGAUGAUGUUUGCAGGUUUGCGAGGGGCGAUGGCGUUUGCUUUAGCCAUCCGGGAUACAGCCACGUACGCCCGGCAGAUGAUGUUCACCACGACACUGCUCAUCGUCUUCUUCACCGUCUGGGUGUUUGGAGGUGGGACAACACCCAUGCUGUCGUGGCUUCACAUUAGGGUUGGUGUGGAUCCAGAUCAAGACCUGCAGCCCUCUGGAGACAGCUUCCAGGUCUUGCAGGGGGAUGGCUCUCAGGAUGAAGGACAAAGUAAAACCAAACAGGAGAGUGCCUGGCUUUUCAGACUGUGGUACACUUUUGACCACAAUUACCUGAAGCCCAUCCUGACACACAGCGGCCCACCCCUCACCUCCACUCUGCCCAGCUACUGUGGACCUCUGGCGAGCUGCCUGACCAGCCCCCAGGCAUACGAGAAUCAUGAGCAGCUGAGGGACCCUGACUCUGACCUCAUUCGUAACGAUGGCGACCUGACCUUCAUGUUUGGCGACACUGCCAUCACAGCCAACGGAGCGUCUGGCGGUGGGGCAGAUGCAGCCGGCGGCUCGGGCUGGAGUGUGAAUGGAAAACGGAGCGGCAGCACCUCAGAGGAAGCACUGGAGCGUGAGCUGGACUCCCGGGAACAGGAGCUGCUGAGCCGUGGCACACGCCUGGUUUUCCCCAUCGAGGAUCACAUUUGACCCUCCCCUUCCUCCCCGCCUUCACCGUCGCCUCCCUGACCUAACCCGAGUUUACCUCGCCCUCAGCUCUCCACAUCCUGCAGGAAGAGGGUCCAGUCCUUUGGAGAUUAAACAAAGUGGAGAUAUGGGAGUAGACAAAAGGGAAGGGUUCAGAACUGCUCUGAACUCCAUGCUCAGGAGUACAGCUCACGGAGCAUUUCAUCGUCAUCACAGAGCUGGAGUUUCUGCUUCAGGAGGCAUAUCCUGUAGCGAGCCAGGAGACAAACUCUUCAUGGAUUUAGACAGUGAUUCAGUUUCACUGAUUAUUUUUGUUUGUUUCCUCUGCAUAAAUGAGAGGGAAACAUUUAUGCAGGAUGUGUGGAGAUUCUGUUCUUCCGGUGAAAUUCUGUUUGCACUUUUGAGUAUGUGGCCCAUUGUGAGUUCAUUUCUAAGGGAGAAAAAGAAGAGGAAUGAUAUAUUUCCUGGCAGCAGUCUGUUUCAUGAUGUGAUUCUGUCUAAGCAGUACAUCGGUGAGGCCAAAACACAUUUUUAGUACUUUAUAGAUGAACAGGUCAUUUCUUGGUCAUUUUUUACAAAUGCACUGAGUUGCUUUUGUUUCUGAGAAACCAGUGUUGUGUGUAAGUUUCACACAAAAAGCAUCUGUGUGGAAUACAGAAAAGGCUUUACCAUCACAGUCAUGGGUGAAAGUAACGGGUUAAAAAUGCAAGCAUGUAAAUAGCUACAGAGCAGAGCUUUGUUCCUUCUGCGUCAAAGUGUUCCACUGAAUGCAGUAGAUCCCAUGACUAUUACAAAUAGUAUCUGUGUAUCUUGUCUUUGAGCUCGUCCAGAUCUUUUUCUCUGUACUAGGCUGGUUUUCAUAUAGCAUGAAUGAAUAAGGAAUGAACCAUUUUCAUGGUAAUUAUUUUGGGUCUCAUUGGGCAGUGCUAAAAUAAACUAACUAAAAUAUGCCAUGAGAUAUACGCUUUCAAAAGGAGAACAAGGGAAUAUUCAUAAUCAUCAGCACUAAAAAUGUUUUAAUCAUUCAUUUAAGUGGGAGUGCAAUGUAAAGAAUUAAAAAUUCUUUCAGCUUUUACCCAACAGGUCAAAUUUAGAUGAAUGGUAACACUAACACACCAGUUUUUGACAUUUUCCCUGUAUUAUGUGUAUAUUCGCAAAGGCAAAUUAUGUAAACUUCUCAAGAAUAAAAAGGAAAAUUAUGUAUAAGCUCAUACAAUAAUUAUCCGUAAUCAUCACUUAUGACCCAUCAGAAGUUUGUGAUUGACUAUUUACCUUCAGAGACCCUGCCCUCUGUUUUUUUUCUCCUAUUCUUCUGCUGUGUUUGGGUCAUAUCUGUGUACCUCCAGUCAAUAACAGAAGGGAAAGGAGUGCAGACAGUUCUUAAUCAAAAAGUAACAGCUCUGGCAAUGUCUUUGCUCUCCAGCUGCAUUCACUCAGAAUCUUCCCAUAUGGUUGUGCAAAGGUGUGGGUGUGUUCAAAUCUGAAAACGUUUUAUUUCUCUGUCUAAUGGCUUUGUUGUUGCUAAAACAGCUCACCAUCUCCAUUCACUGGUUAGCUUUGACAAUUUUUACAUAUUAUGCCUUUAAAUCAUGCCUUGUACCACUAAGAAUUCAAUGCACAUGCUGUUACAGUGCAAAAAAAGAGAAAAACCUUUGAGCAAAUCUUCAGAUUUUUCCGUAACUUCGAUUUCCUGUGAUAUAAAUUAACAUAAAUUCCUAAGUUAUGGCUUCCUGGAGCCUUAUAUCUGCCAGCAUACACCCAGGUGGACUGACUGAGGUCAACUGGAUUGACUAUCUCAUUGUCCAGCUACAACAACACUUCACUUGUACAUUCAGCAGUCACUGCACAUACAUAAUGGGCCCAAAGAAACUUCCCUAAGCUUUGAUUACAAGUAACCUGAACACCUUUUUUUUCUGAUUGUCCUCUGAUAGGAAAUGGGAACAUAUUUUCUUCUCUUAACAAGGAAUCAUCUGCAGUUAAGACCUCUGUUUUGGUAUCACAUUGAGGCUUGUUGUCUCAACACUGUGUGCAGCAGGUGUGUGACAUCAGAUAAAUUAUAAGGCGUGUGAUGUCAUCUCACCUGUAGCCCAGUUCAUACCAGUUACUUCUGAGCAAUGGAAAGAACAUACUGGUUUGAGGCUCAGCUCCAACAUGCAAAUCUUUUUGAUAAGACACUUUGAAAUUCAGUCACCACACUGGCUGACAUUUUCUGUAACAAAACACUGAACCCUGUUGUUUUCCUGCAUGCGAUUUGCAUUAGUACAGGUCAACUACAGAAAUGUAUUCUUCACACUCGAGUGAUGUUUGCUGAUGUUCCCACAACAUUUUCUUUUUAUUUAAAGUGGCCUAAUGCAAAGAAUAAUAAUAACAAGAGCACUAUUUGCAUAUAUUUUCUUCUGACAUUUUACUGCUAUCCCAAAGUAAAUAGGACAGUAGUUGUACUGAUCCAGCACAAAUAGAUGUACCCAGACUCUUUGGGCUCAUGGAGCAGCUGGCUGAACCAACUCACUCUGGGACUUUAUCUGUGGUUUCCCUUUUCAACAUGUUUUGUUUCCCCCUUUACCAUGUCUAGACAUCUGAACCAGCCCCUCUUUCUAAUUCACCACAUAACACGUGUCGCCUUUGUUUUCUCUUUUGACUGUGCCCACUGGCUCCUGCAUUUAUGUAUUUAUGAGUACAUAAGGGCACGUGUGAAAAGCCGCAAUAGUGUAUGUUGAAUCUGGGGACUUUGCCGCUGGAGGAAGAGCCCAGCUCAAGUUUUAUGGCUCGCUGGGGACCUCCAAGAGGAAAUGAAUCUACUUAUGCAAGAUGCUGCCAAGCUGUAUGGACCAUUGGUCAUCGAAACUCAAGCUGGAAUGAGAAGUAAUGAAACUAGGGCUCUGCAUUUCAGUUAUCACUUGUUCACUAUUUUGUUUCAACAAACCAUUACUUUACAACUUGUUCUGAUGCUUAUUGUCUUUGUUAUGCUUGCACCGCCUCUUCUGUGAUUAGGCUACAAAGCUUCAUGAUCCACCCUCAGUACAGUAUAAUCUACAGCACAGAUUAUAGUGUCUUUGAUUUGUGCAAAACAAAACUGUGAUUAUUGCUCAUGUUUGUUGACUUUCCUACAAUUCCUGCUGUAUUAACAAAAAAAAA